AUGGUUUUCAUAACUUAUAUUCGUCAUGCACUUCAACAACGUUCACGAUUGUUUCUUCCAACACCUGUUCAUCUUCCUCAAGGAAGUAGAUCAAGAAGUCAAACAUUAUUACAAGAAGCAUCUAUUGUUCAUAGUGUUGAACAUGGAUUUCCACAAUUAUUACCAUUAGGUUUUCGAGUUUUAACUAAAUUAAAAACGUUAAUUCAGUAUGAAAUGAAUCAUGUUGGUGGACAAGAAUUGUAUCUGUCAGCAGUUGGACGAAAAAAUACUUGGGAAAUGUGUGAUCGAUGGAAUUUAAUGCAUAAUGAAUUAUUUAAAUUUAAAGAUCAUGAUGAAGAAUAUUGUCUAAGUCCAACACAUGAAGAAGCAAUUACAAAACUUGUUUCUUCUGUUUGUAAAUCACUUCCACGAAGUAAUUAUCCAUUACUUGUUUAUCAGAUAACAUGGAAAUAUCGUAAUGAACCAAAUUAUCGUCAUGGUCUUUUACGAACAAAAGAAUUUCUUAUGAAAGAUUUAUAUAGUUUUCAUAGAGAUGAAGAUUGUGCACAUCAAAUUUAUGAACAAGUUUGUGAUGCAUAUGAAAGAAUAUUUCAAAAAUUAGAAUUAAAUUGUUUUAAAGUACCAGCCGAUAGUGGUUUAAUGGGUGGAUCAUUGAAUCAUGAAUUUCUAGCAGUAUCACCUGUUGGUGAAGAUACAAUUCUUAUUUGUUCAAAAUGUAAUCGUGGAUAUUUAAAUAAUAAAACUCAAUGUGAACAUGAAGACAAAAUUGAACAACGAGCUAUUGAACUUGGUCAUUGUUUUCUUCUUGGUGAUCGUUAUACAAAAGCAUUCAAUGCAAUCGAAGGUUCAUCAGAUACUGCAGUUGAUAAAAAACCAUUGAUAAUGGGAUGUUAUGGUAUUGGUUUAACACGUUUAAUGGCAGCAUCCGUUGAAAUACUUACAUCAAAAGAUUCAAAUAAUAUUCGAUGGCCAAAACGAAUUGUUCCUUAUCAAGUCGCGAUUUUACCACCAAAAAAAGGUAGUCCAGAAGAAACAGUUGGUAAUGAAAAAACACUUGGUCGUUUGUUAAAACUUGAUAGCAAUGAAUGGUUUGUCGAUGAUCGUACUGAAUUCACUAUUGGUUAUCGAUUAAAAGAUUGUGAAAAAAUGGGUAUUCCUAUUGUAAUAGCAUUUGGAAAACGAGCUACUCAACAAAAUCUAUGUGAAGUUAUUGAUGUAUACAAUAAUCGAACAGAAUAUUUAUCAUAUGAACAGACAUUAAAAUUUAUUCAAAACUAUUAUUCACUUUUUUGUUAA